UAGGGGAAGGGCGCGGCAGAGGCGGGUCGGGUAGCUCACAGUACGCAGUUUGGUUAUGAUCGAGCGGACGCGGCUCAGUAGCUGGCUGGCUUAGCGGGUCUCAGCGCUGAGACAGCGGGCGGGGGAAUGGCUCCUCUGCGGGGUCCUAAGGCGGGAAUGGAGGAGCCGGAGCCGGGUGCGGGCUCCUCCCCGCGGCGCUUCACCUGGGAGGAGAUCGGGCUCCGCACGGGCCGGGGGCACCCGCAGCAGGAGCGGUGGCUGGUGAUCAACAGGAAGGUCUAUGACAUCAGCCAGUUCUACCGGCGGCACCCGGGGGGCGCCCGAGUCAUCAGCAGCUACGCGGGGCAGGACGCCACGGAUCCCUUUGAAGCAUUUCACAUUGAUAAGGGGCUGGUGAGAAAGCAUAUGAGCUCAUUGCAGAUCGGGGAGCUGGCCCUGGAUCAACCAAGCUUUGAGCCCACCAAAAAUAAAUUGCUGGUAGAGGACUUCCGGGAGCUGCACACCACUGUUGAAAGGAUGGGACUCCUCAACCCCAACCACCUCUUCUUCUUCCUGCUUCUCCUGCACAUUCUGAUGCUGGAUGUUGCUGGAUGGUUUGUUCUUUGGUAUUUUGGGACAUCUUUAGUGCCUUUCCUCAUCUCUACAGUGCUGCUGACUAUUUCUCAGUCCCAGGCUGGUUUUCUGCAGCACGAUUUGGGGCACCUUUCAGUUUUCAGCAGUACCAAAUGGAACCACUUGGUUCACGAGUUUGUGAUGAGCCAUCUGAAGGGGCUUUCAGCACAGUGGUGGACUCUCCACCAUUCCCAGCACCAUGCCAAGCCCAACUGCUUCCAUAAGGACCCUGAUAUUGCAAUGCAUCCCUUCUUGUUUGCUUUGGGAAAGAUACUCUCUGUGGAGCUCGGCAUGAAGAAGAAGAAGUUUAUGCCUUACAAUCAUCAGCACAAGUAUUUCUUCGUCACUAUGCCCCUGCUUGUGGUUCCAGUGUUCCAGUUGUACUCCUUGUACUUCAUAUUCCAGCGCAAACUAUGGAGGGAACUAGCUUGGACUCUGACCUACUUCAUCCGAUUCUUUCUUUUCUUCGAGCCCUUACUGGGAGUAACGGGUGUCCUGGGAUUCCUCCUGCUACUCAACGUCCUAGAGAGUAUCUUGUUUACCUGGAUAUCACAAUUGAACCACAUCCCUAUGCACAUUGAUUAUGAUAACAAUAUGGACUGGUUCUCUACACAGCUCCAGGCGACAUGCAACGUGGAUCAGUCCCUGUUCAAUGACUGGUUAACUGGGCACCUGAACUUCCAAAUUGAGCAUCAUCUUUUUCCUCGGAUGCCACGACACAACUACUGGAAGGUGACCCCCCUGGUGAAGUCACUAUGUGCCAAACAUGGCAUCGAGUACCAGAGCAAGCCCCUGCUCACUGGUUUUGGAGAUAUUUUGCGGGGAGUUUAUUGGAUUUCCUCUGCCUGGUUCCAUGCUUCUGCCCUUAAAAGAACAUUAAGAGACAAAUAGGAAGGACAAACACCUCUUGUUACAAGCAUUCUGUAUAAAAGAUCUCUGAAGGAUUCGGGGGAACUCUGGCUUGAUGCCUAUCUGCAUGGAUAAGCAGCAGCAGCUCCUAUGGAGGAGUUACCUGGGAUUGACUGCCAUGAAGAUGUAGUACACAGCAGGUUCAGGGAGAUGAGUGGGCCUAGUUGCUGCGGUGGGAGAGCUGUUGGUCUUAGUUUCAGUGUGAGUGUGGGGUUUUAUGAUACACUUUUUCUCCUAUUCUACCUCUGUAAGGUGUGGUAUGGGUAUAUGGGGACCACUAGAGGUUAACCUUACUAUGGGGAAGGUGGCUUUAGCAAUGGGAACAGCAGCCCUUCUCUCUGCUGACAUUUCCCUUGCUGUGUACGUGGCAGUGAAUCCUAUCCAACUUCUUCCUAGUGUGACAGAAUCAAAGUGAAAAUGGGGACAGUGUAAAUUCUGGGGAGAGAGAGAAUGUGGAGAAAAAAGGAGAAAAGCCAGUGCUGAGAAAGACAAGGAAGAGCCUUUAAAGGCUACAAUAUACAUUUAAAAUCUAUCAACUAAGUAUGUAAGCCACAAAGUGGAUGCGAGACUGAAUAGUGUGGACAUGAGAUUAGAGGGGACCAAAACUCAGGGUGGGGAUGGAUACAAGACCAUAGAGGUGAAAACACCAAGCAGGAUUACCAUGAAACCAGAGGCAGUACACAAGAACAUAGACAUGAGACUAGAGCUGAUAUGGCAUGUUCAGUGGACCCACUUAUGUGAGUGCCUUUUUGACUAUAUAUAUGUGUAAAACACGUAGAGAACCUCGAUCUCAGGUUAGUUGUCCAUUUGCAAUUUUUAGUGAAAAGAGUAUGAGCAGUUUCCCCCCUGCCUAAGGCAAAUUCAGGUGAAUAAAAGGGUUAAUUGAGCAAAUACUGAUAUUGCAUGCAUGAUAAGGAUAUACAUUAGUCCAGGGGAAUCCCCAGUCUAUUGGUUUAGGUGUUAAAAUACCUCUAGAGGUUUAGUUUAGGAGAAAGGUCUUGCAAGACUCAGAGGCAGAU